GCCGGCCCUCUCCCCUCCCCUCGCCGCUCCCCCGCCCGGCUCCCUCCGCCCUCCCCGGGCUCCGGCGGCGGCUGAGCGAACGGGACCGCCUGGCCGCAGAGCGCGGGGCGGCGGCUGGGACGCGGGUGCCCGGCGGAGUAGUUGUUCCGGCAGCGCCGGCGGAGACGUGAGGAGCUUUGCCAGGCGAAUGUGGGAAAGAGAAGUUAGCAGAACUGAAAUGGAGGUCAGAGCUUCAUUACAGAAGGUUAGUGGGUCAUCUGAUUCUGUGGCUACACUGAAUAGCGAAGAAUUUGUUUUGGUUCCUCAGCAUGCAGAUGAUACUUCUACAAAAGAUGAUGAGAAACCUCAACUGAAGAUAGUUUCUAAUGGUGAUGAACAACUGGAAAAAGCCAUGGAAGAGAUUUUGAGAGAUUCUGAGAAGGGGCAAAGCAGUCUUGACUGUCAAAGUUCCAGUGAGAUUUCAGACCAUUCAUUUGGAGAUGUUCCAGCCAGCCAAACAAAUACACCAUCUCUUCAGUUAAUUUUGGAUCCAUCUAGCUCAGAAAUUUCUGCACCCAGACCAUCUUCUCCAACUGGACUAUCUGAAGAGGAUAGUGUUUUAUUUAACAAACUGACCUACUUAGGAUGUAUGAAGGUUUCUUCCCCACGUAAUGAAGUGGAGGCUUUACGGGCAAUGGCAACCAUGAGAUCUUCCAGUCUGUACCCCUUUCCUGUUACUCUGUAUGUGCCAAAUGUUCCAGAAGGUUCUGUGAGAAUUAUAGACCAGUCCAGCAAUGUGGAGAUAGCAUCUUUCCCGAUUUAUAAGGUGUUGUUCUGUGCACGAGGACACGAUGGGACAACAGAGAGCAAUUGCUUCGCAUUUACAGAGAGUUCCCAUGGUUCAGAAGAAUUUCAGAUACAUGUUUUUUCCUGUGAAAUUAAAGAGGCAGUAAGCAGAAUUUUAUAUAGUUUCUGUACAGCAUUCAAACGUUCUUCCAGACAAGUGUCUGAUGUUAAAGACUCGAUUAUUCCUACCCCUGACAGUGAUGUGUUUACCUUCAGUGUCUCCUUGGAGGUAAAAGAAGAUGAUGGAAAAGGAAACUUUAGUCCUGUGCCUAAGGAUAGAGAUAAAUUUUAUUUCAAAUUAAAACAAGGAAUAGAGAAGAAGGUUGUGAUUACAGUGCAGCAACUUUCUAACAAAGAAUUAGCUAUUGAGAGAUGUUUUGGAAUGUUACUAAGCCCAGGUCGAAACGUGAAGAACAGUGACAUGCAUUUACUGGAUAUGGAAUCGAUGGGAAAGAGCCACGAUGGGAGAGCUUAUGUUAUUACUGGCAUGUGGAACCCUAAUGCACCAGUGUUUUUGGCACUUAAUGAAGAAACCCCAAAAGACAAGCGAGUGUACAUGACGGUGGCAGUGGAUAUGGUGGUAACGGAGGUGGUGGAGCCUGUCCGCUUCCUCCUGGAGGCAGUGGCCCGUGUGUACCCUGCAAAUGAGCGGUUUUGGUAUUUCAGCAGAAAGACUUUCACAGAGACUUUCUUCAUGAGACUGAAACAGUCUGAGGGAAAAGGCCAUACCAGUGCUGGAGAUGUGAUAUAUGAGGUGGUGAGUCUACAGCGGGAGUCUGACAAGGAGGAACCUGUCACUCCUACGAGUGGAGGGGGUCCUUUGUCACCUCAGGAGGAUGAAGCCGAAGAGGAAAGUGAUAAUGAACUCUCAAGUGGAACAGGCGAUGUGUCUAAGGAUUGUCCUGAGAAGAUUCUAUACUCUUGGGGAGAAUUGCUAGGAAGAUGGCACAGUAACCUUGGUGCACGACCAAAAGGGCUGUCCACUUUGGUGAAGAGUGGUGUUCCAGAAGCAUUGAGGGCAGAAGUAUGGCAGCUCCUAGCAGGCUGCCAUGACAACCAGGCGAUGCUGGACAGAUACCGAAUUCUUAUCACAAAGGACUCAGCCCAGGAGAGUGUUAUUACUCGGGAUAUUCAUCGCACUUUUCCUGCUCAUGAUUACUUCAAGGACACGGGAGGAGAUGGUCAGGAGUCGCUUUAUAAGAUCUGCAAGGCCUACUCUGUGUAUGAUGAAGACAUUGGAUACUGUCAAGGACAGUCUUUUCUUGCUGCUGUAUUGCUGCUGCAUAUGCCAGAGGAACAAGCUUUCUGUGUUUUGGUGAAAAUCAUGUAUGACUAUGGUUUGCGAGACCUCUACAAAAACAACUUUGAAGACCUUCAUUGCAAAUUCUAUCAGUUGGAAAGACUAAUGCAGGAACAGCUGCCGGACCUGCACAGCCAUUUUUGUGACCUGAACCUGGAGGCUCACAUGUAUGCGUCCCAGUGGUUCCUCACUCUCUUUACUGCCAAGUUCCCACUCUGCAUGGUGUUCCACAUCCUUGACCUGCUGCUCUGUGAGGGUUUGAACAUAAUCUUUCAUGUCGCCUUGGCUCUCCUAAAGACCUCAAAGGAAGAUCUUCUACAGGCUGAUUUUGAAGGUGCUUUAAAGUUCUUCAGAGUUCAGCUUCCAAAGAGAUACAGGGCAGAAGAAAAUGCGAGAAGAUUGAUGGAGCAGGCUUGCAAUAUCAAAGUACCGACCAAAAAGCUGAAAAAAUAUGAAAAAGAAUAUCAGACAAUGCGAGAGAGUCAGCUGCAGCAGGAAGACCCAAUGGAUAGAUACAAGAGGGAGAACCGAAGAUUACAGGAGGCCAGCAUGAGGCUGGAGCAGGAGAAUGACGACCUCGCCCACGAGCUGGUCACCAGCAAAAUCGCCCUGCGGAAUGACUUGGAUCAGGCAGAGGACAAGGCUGAUGUGCUGAAUAAGGAGCUCCUUUUGACCAAACAGAAGCUGGUGGAGACGGAGGAGGAGAAGAGGAAGCAAGAGGAAGAGACUGCCCAGCUAAAAGAAGUCUUCAGGAAACAGCUAGAGAAGGCAGAAUAUGAGAUAAAGAAGACCACAGCCAUCAUUGCCGAGUAUAAACAGAUCUGUUCCCAGUUAAGUACCCGCCUGGAGAAACAGCAGGCAGCCAGCAAGGAGGAGCUGGAGGCUGUGAAGGGUAAAAUGAUGGCAUGUAAACACUGCAGCGACGUCUUCAGCAAGGAGGGCACUCUGAAGCCAGCAGCCGUCAGCAGACAGGACCAAGGAAGUGAAGCGGACGAUGAGAAGGACUCGCUCAAGAAGCAGCUGAGGGAGAUGGAGCUGGAACUGGCCCAGACCAAACUGCAGCUGGUGGAGGCCAAGUGCAAAAUCCAGGAACUUGAACAUCAGAGAGGGGCCCUUAUGAAUGAAAUCCAAGCUGCAAAAAACUCUUGGUUUAGCAAAACCCUGAACUCUAUCAAAACGGCCACGGGCACCCAGCCGCUGCAGCCGCCACCGGCCACCCAGCCGCCUAAGGAGAGCACAUAGCUCCAGCCUCACCCGAGCACAAGAGCACAGUGAUCAAAGCAGCAGAAGCCCGGCAGCGGUCUUCCUGGUGUCCCUUUGAAGGAAAGUAAAGGAGACCGGAAAGCAAGCCAGAAUCUUUCAGUAGCUCUCAUUCUUUCUUGUAUGACACUUUUCAAAGGGAUGUUAUUUAAAUUGACCUGAUUUAUGUUAAAUACCUACUUCCCAGCUUCUUCCUGGGAAGCCAUGUUCAGAUCCAUCCUAGUAUUACACAUUAUUUUAUAUGCCUGAUGUUUAGUUGGAAAUAAGUAAUUCAGAACUAAAUACUUUUUAUUUAGAACUAAUUACUCCUAAUGAUUUUAUCCUGUAUAAAAAUGGAGACAUCUAUCAUUCCAAGGUUGACGAGAUAGGAAGAUCUGUGUCACAGGAAAAAAAAAUUGAAACCUAAACCUCUUUAGCUUUUCAGGAUUUAUUCAGAUAAAGCACACUGUGGGACCAGUCACGACCACUGUCAGGUUUCAUCCUAAAACCAGGGAGUGAUACUCCUGCCCAACACAAGAACAGACCAGGGGUUGAAAAGUUCCCAGAGAUAACUGGUUUAUUUUCAUUUUCUGUCAUGUUUCAUUUCUGAAAUGAAGUGCCAAGAACUGUGGAAUAGAUGGGCUAUUGAGAAUGCAAACUCAGCGAAUGAACUGAGAUUUUGAUAAAUGUGGAGUAAAAUCAUUUUGGCUCUGGUGUUCUAGCAGAUCCUUUCCAGAAUUCCACGUGGGGCUUGCGUGUCCCUAGUAUGGCUGGGUACGAACACAGAUGAGACUUCUGGCAAACGUCAAGUCAAAGGUGGAUAUCGUGAGUUGCACUUAGGGAACCUUCACCAGAGAGGUCUAGAAAGGCCCAGGUUCAGUUGCUGUGCUUAGAGUGGAAUACAGAACGAGCCACAGAGCUCUUUCAUUUGAUGUUGACAUAGUUGCUAAGGAAACACUAAUAUUCUGUAAUUUUAUUAAAGGACAUCACAUUGAAAUGGAAAUCGAGGUCAGCCUCACCACCUUAGUUUAGUGUUAGGCGACAUUUUCUCAGUGCUAUAGCUCCCCAGUAUGUGCCCUGAUACCUGUAGAUGAAGAGAUACAAAUGCAUUUAUAACAUUUUUGAUUGAAUACAAAAUCUUUAUAGAAAUACUUAUCUAACAGAAAGAUAAGGCUAUUAUUUAAAAUUGGUGGAAAUAUUUUUAAAAAUUAUAUUUAACAUACCUAUAUGAAUAGUCCUUACAAGAAAUUCUUUGAUAAGGGCAAAACUAAUUUUCCCAUUUUUCUAAGCUAUUUUAGAGACAUGUGGUCCUUUCACACCAACCAAACUGCUGUCAGCCACGUACACUAAUGUUUAUUGAUACUCGUCCUUGGCUUCGUUAUUGGACAUAUUUUUUUUUAAAGGACCUUAAACUCUAAUGCCAGAGUGGUUCUCUUCUGUGCCAUAUAUUGCAAUUAUAAGGAACACACUCUUAAAAGUUAGAAUCAAGUAAGAACCUUCUCAAUCCUAGGAGGAUGCACUACAAGCUGCUCACCAUAGAUCCUUUCCUCUAAAAUGAUAUUUGAGUUCUAAAAAGUAAAACCCCCUUCAUCUGUUUCUAUCAUCUAUGACCUAAAACUCUUCUGGUUGUUUGGUACCCAUGACACUUGUCACAUAAUACUUCUUCGAAACUCUUUUUGUUGUUAUUGUUCUGAUACCUUUCAUUAUAAAAUUCAUUUCUUUUUACCAAAAAGGAAAAUAACUCAGCAUUCCAAGUGUCUGUUGACUUUAACAUCCCCUGUGUGGUGAUUCAGAUAAGCUAAUAAUUUUUUUUUUUUUUUUUGUAAAAUAUAAUGGCUAAAAAAUUCUAUCUCGGCACCUGUCUCUGUAAAUCAGUAGAGUCUGUUAGCCUUGGUGGUGCUUUAUGCUUUGGUUCCAGGAAGCACUAUACAAGUUGCCUUUGCAAAUGGCCAGCUAAAUUGCAGGUCCUCUUAUGUCCGAACUUCAUAAUAGUGUACAGAGCCCUUUUUAACUUCCAGAAAUAAAUACAUUCCACAGAAUGCCCAAGUUGUAUAAUUUUCUUAAAUGUUAUGGGAGGGAGAAAUAGAAGGCUUAAGUCAAGUCCUUGUCUAUGAACCUGGUUCAGUUUCUUAGUCCCUUUUCUUUUAAUCUUUGAACAAAAUCACCAGAAACAUGCAUUCCAAAAGUUUGAUAAAUCUGUCUUUUGAGUCUUAAUUCUUACAAAGGAUUAUAAGGACAAUACACAGUUUUCUUCUUGUACAGCCCUGCAUUAUACUGGGUACCAUAUUGGCGUGGCAAGUCUGAAACGCCCCUCACUGCAGUGCCUUUGAGUUAGCAGCAGUGAAGAGUAGAAAUGCCCAGGCGUAGUGACACACACCUGUGUCCCAGCCACUUGGGAGACUGAGGCGGGAGGAUGGCAGGUUGAGGCCAGUCUUGACAACUUGGCGAGACCCUGUCUUUAAACAAAAAAUAAACCUCAGUGGUAGAGUGCUUGCCUACCAUGAGGCCCUGGGUUUAAUUCCCAUUACAGGAGUAGGGAGUGAUGGGAAAGGAAGAUUAAAAAUUUGUAUGUGAUAUGAUUGUUCAUGAAAUAUGUUGUAGCAAUAUUCCAAACCACAUGUCCUUCGCAGUCUGUUGUUUGAAAACUCACGUAUCUCAAUAUGAAGUAACUACUAGUUUUAAUUUCACGUAUUUUGGGAUAUAUUUCCAGAACUGUAACCUUUCUCUUGAAUUUCCUUUAGAAAGCAGCCAAAUAUCUAGGACAUUCUCAAAUAGCCUAAUAAUUUUCAUCUUUUCUUAGACUGUACUCUUUAUAAAACAUUCUUAUAAAAAUCUAGUAUUUGCAGCAUUUGAAAAGUGAUCAUUUCUCUUUUUAUUAAAUUCUGUAGAAGAAUAUGAAUAAAAUUCAACUCAAUAAUUUAGCUCAUUAGCUUUCAUAUCUUGAGAAUCUUAUUUAACACAUUCUUUAAAGCUGAACAAAGCCAAGCUGGACCUUGAAUUCUAUAGUACAUGGUUGCUAGCAACCAUGUCACACUUUGGUUAUAUUUGGGUACACAGAAUUUAAUGCUAAGAAAUCCUAGUUACUAGUGUUUUAUGUGUGAGUGCCUAUCCGGGACACUGAUAGAAAUGCCACAUAGGCUGCGACCUGCCUUGCCGUCCAAUUAAAUUCUCUCUUCCCCUCUUCUAGCUAUUAAACUGAUAAUUUCUUCUUCAGUGGCUUUCUUUAAAUUUUCCUGGUAAAGUAGAAAAGCAACCUUUAUACUGAUGUUGGGAUAUUUAAUGGUAUUUAUUUUUUCAUUUUUAAGAAAAUAUUCAUUCUUUCCUACUCUGUAUUCAUAUUUAUUUUUCUCCAACCUCUACUCCACAUUCUUCAAAUAUUUUCUAGUUAAUAACUAGUGGCUUCAUUUUCUAACUGAGGUGAGUAAACUGAGAUAGUACAGAGGUUAAGGUGUAGGAGGUUAGAGUGAGCUCUUUAAGGAAGUCAGUCACCUAGGAUAAGAAUUACAUACACCUAACUAGUGUAAGGGAUUGAACUUUCCUUUAGUUGACAUCAGUCUACUGUCUCACCAACCCAGUGCAUUAAACACUAAGGUGGGUGUCUGAUUUUUAGGACUCCUUUAAGAGAGAAAAGAUACUUGUUUUAUCUUCUGGAAAAGAACACUUUUAAUUACUUAGCAAGAUAAUCGUAUCAUAUAAUUUACCCUUAAAAACAUUCCAAAAUAACUGAUUCUCUUGCUUUGAUUAUAAAUGAGAGAAUGAACAAAUUGUAUGAUUUGAACACUGCUAGAUUUGUGUGUGCGUGUGUGUGCGUGUGUGAGGGUGGGGGUAGAACUUUCAGUGCAGUAUCCCUGCGUCUUUUAUAAGCUCAGAUACCAUUCAGCCUAAUACAUAUUGAGAUUUCAAGGCGUUAUCAAGACCAUAAGGCCAGACAGUGGCCCGUUUUCCAGCUGCGAGGUGUAAAACCUGUAAGUCACCAUGCUGGUAGGCACCAGCUUGGAAACUCCCCUCCCCUCUUCCUUUCUUCUCUGUGACACAGGCCAGGCCCUUCUUCACCUUAGCCACUUCCCUGUCAGAAUCAGUCCACGUGCGGGUGCGGUGCCACUGCCCCUCAGCAGCCAUGCUGACCUUCAGGCGUCAGGAAAAGGGUGGAUGUCUGUGGGAUUUUAGUGACUGCAAACAGCUGUCUGGUGUGUCUUUCUCACUUUCCAUCUGAAAGUGGACACGUCAAGAUGUCCAGCUUAUCUCCAAAUGCAUUUGCCACCUGCUAUAGAAACAUCUUCAUCAGUACCUCCCGUUCUCCUUACCCAGGCCCUGGCUUGGUCUUAGUUCUGAAAAGUUUAUGAAAAAUGAGUCAGAGGAGAUAAUGAACACUUUAAGUCAUUUUCUUUUUCCAUGGGCAGUUGGUUAACAUGUGAAAUCUUUUCCACUAAGUGUGAUUUUUAAUAACUAUAGAUUAUAUAUGGAAUAAGAUAAAGGAAACUGAAUUGUGAGAAUAUAAAUGCAUCAAAAGACUCUGGUAUCAUGAAAGCACAAGAAUAAAGCUGGAGAUGGUCCCAGAAUCCAAGAUGUCCCAAUAGCCUUUUGCAUCAGUUUCUCUAUUUUUGGUAUUUUGCAUAAUGCAUGGAUACUGAGUUCAGGUGAGAGGAGAAGUUUCUCUGUCAACCCCACUCCCCUUUCCAACUCCUACCUUUCCCUUGCUGAGGAGGUAGUAGGAAUUCUAUAGUAUCUAUUUUUAUGAAACUUGUGAUUUUGCCCACAGUAUCUGUAAUGAAAGCAGGUUAUAUAAAUGAGUUGAUAAGUCUGAACAGUGCUAACUGACUACAAAAAAAAUUAGUCAUUAGCCUCCUCCUCUAUAAACAAUGACCAAUUAGAUGUUUCCAUAAUUCCAUGUAUUAUGUAUAGUACUCUAUAAAUGUAAAUGUAAUGCUUGUUAAGAAAAGUGCAAUUUAUUGUACAUUGUCCCAACAAAUGUUUACUUUUAUAAUUGUCAUGAACUUGAAUUGGAGUAGUAUCUUGUUUUCAUGUGUGAACGAAGCCUUGUGAAAUAAACAAAUGCAACCAAGAAGGCCCAAGGUGACUGUUUUGUGAGCCAGUGAUGUUUUCAAUGCGUGUGUCGCCCUUUGGCCCCACUGAGCAGUAAUAAACGUUUGUUUGA